CCGGGGUCUCUCCUCUCGCUAUCCCUCCGCUUAGCGGCGAAGCCACAUUAAAAAUGUCUUGAAGCGGGGAAAAAGCUCGCUCGCUCUCUCGGCUGCGCGGAAUCUCUGCCGCGCCUCCGCUGCUGAUUAGGAGCACUCUGGCACCAUCCCGAAGCACGGCUCGCCGGGCCGGUUCGUCUCCUCUGCCCCCAUUUUUCUCUGCGUUUAGUAGGAGUCGAUGAGGGAGCGCUAGGACUCGAUGCUUCCAGAGCAGAGUAAGGAUUAAAAAAAUGGCCGAUCAGGAGAGAGAUGAUAUUCCUAUGUUGCUAAGAAAUAUUGAGCUGCCAAGGUUUCCUAGGAGUACAUCCAUGUGUAUUCCAGUCAGGGAUGAUGAUUACGAAGAAGAAACAUUUGUAUCCCAUACUGGUCCUCUAUUCAGUCAGCCACCAACUCAGACUGCCGCAGCAGGCAAUCUGUUCACAAGCAGACACACACCAGAUAAGCUGCCGCCGCGACACCCCCAGGGGAAACAAGUCAGCAAGCCACAAGCUGUCAUGCCAGAAGAAGCUGGAGGAAACAGGUGGUCUCACAGUGGAGACAUUCCAAAGAAUGAACAUCUGAUGAUGUCUGGACCUUUGGGACAAUGUGAUAACCCUGACUGUGUCAACUGCCCACCUGCAUGCAAAAACAAGAGGCACUUCCAAAAACUUCCAAAUCCUUUUGACAAUAAGCUUCAUAACAUUCUUUACGGUCAUCAUCAAGGGUGGAAGAAUCGAAUUGAGCGUUACCUUUCAUACAUUCCGAUUAUGAACCCACACGCGAAGGUUGUUCAACAUUGGAAUCAAUUCUUUGUGAUAUCAUGCCUGGUUGCCAUUUUCAUCGAUCCCCUGUUUUUCUUCCUAUUGUCAGUAGAGAAGGACAACAAAUGCAUAGUUUUGAAUUGGAAGUUUGCUACAGGGCUUGCUGUUGUGAGAAGUGUUUCUGAUGCUAUUUAUUUUCUGCACAUGCUUCUUCAGUUCAGACUGGCUUAUGUAGCACCAGAGUCACGAGUAGUGGGAGCUGGAGAUUUAGUUGACGAACCAAAGAAAAUUGCAGCUCAUUAUCUUCGAGGAUAUUUUGUACUUGAUUUCUUCGUUGUGCUUCCACUCCCUCAGGUGAUGAUAUUGGUAGUCAUCCCUAAAUAUGUUGGGCUAUCAACGGCAGACAUUGCUAAGAAUUAUUUGCGUGUUACUAUUCUUCUCCAAUAUGUCCCCCGCAUCUUGAGAUUUGUGCCAUUGCUUGGGGGUCGUCAGAAUGCCACUGGAUUCAUAUUUGAGUCAGCAUGGGCUAAUUUUAUGAUUAACCUUCUAAUGUUUGUUUUGGCGGGACAUGUCGUUGGUUCCUGUUGGUACCUCUUCGGAUUACAGAGGGUUAACCAAUGCCUACAAAAUGCUUGUUCUGCAUCAAACAUUCCAUCUUGUGAAGCUCUUCGAGAUUGCGGACGCGACAUUGAUUUUGGGUGGCAGAAUUAUCAAAAUAGGCAGCAAUGGUUAAAUGACUCUGCCUCAACAGAUUGUUUCAAAACUGGAGAUGAUGCUACUUUCCAAUAUGGGAUUUAUCAGCAAGCUGUUUUGCUGGCUACAAAACGCAGUGCUGUAAAGCGUUACAUAUAUUCAUUAUUUUGGGGGUUUCAGCAAAUAAGCACUUUAGCUGGAAAUCUUGUCCCGAGUUACUUUGAAGGAGAAGUACUCUUUACGAUGGCUAUUGUUGGUUUGGGAUUGUUACUUUUUGCAUUACUUAUCGGGAACAUGCAAAAUUUUCUCCAAGCUCUUGGAAGCCGGAAACUAGAAAUGCAACUUAGACGGCGUGAUGUUGAGCAGUGGAUGAGCCACAGACGACUGCCUGAAGAUCUGAGAAGGAGGGUUAGACAUGCAGAAAGGUUCACCUGGGCAGCUACCCAAGGAGUAAAUGAAGAGGAGCUUUUAAGCAAUUUACCAGAAAAUAUCCAAAGGGACAUACGCCGACAUUUCUUUAGAUUCCUUAAUAAGGUCCGGUUGUUCACCUUGAUGGACUGGCCUAUCUUGGAUGCUAUAUGUGACAAAUUAAGACAGAACUUAUAUAUCAGUGGAAGUGACAUUCUUUAUCAAGGUGGUCCUGUUGACAAAAUGGUCUUCAUAGUGAGAGGUAAGCUAGAAAGCAUCAGUGCAGAUGGAAGCACGGCUCCAUUACAUGACGGAGAUGUAUGUGGAGAGGAACUCCUCACAUGGUACUUGGAACACUCUUCAGCAAAUAGAGAUGGUGGGAAAAUCAAAUUUCAUGGUAUGCGCUUGGUUGCUAUACGUACUGUGAGAUGUUUAACAAAUGUCGAAGCUUUUAUACUCAGAGCAAGUGAUCUUGAAGAAGUUACUUCACAAUUUGCACGAUUCUUGCGCAAUCCGCGAGUGCAGGGGGCAAUCAGGUAUGAAUCGCCCUACUGGAGGACCAUUGCCGCUGCGCGCAUCCAAGUUGCCUGGAGGUAUCGUAGAAGGCGACUGAAGCGAGCCGAAAGGUCAAGGUUGAGUGAAGAAUCUAAUCGUAUCCCGGGAUGGUCAGAUCAUGCUUUUCAGCAUGGACAGAGGGGGUGACUGUCUGCUUAAGUAGGCACUGACUGUUGGUUACAGUUGUACAUCUAGAGCUGCUAGAGAUCCUGGAUCCCUGUCUAUGCACUUGAUGAAACCUGUGGCGCUACGAUUUUGUAGGCUUUCCAGAUCUGUGAUCUCGUAGCUCCCGAUCUGGGGAACUAACCUCCUGUAUAUACUGAGGUGCCAGUUUUUACAAGCGUAGCUGUUUUUGGUUUUGGCAUGAAACGUCUCUGUUAAAAUCCUAGGUGCAAUUACAGACUUGUGGCUCGGCUCCAGUCAAUUGCUGAUUUGCUGAUUAGAUCACCAAGCCGGACAUCUGCAUGAGAUGCUGAAAAGUGAACUUGCCAGGUGUUGGAUUGUUUCGAAGUGCCGUGAAUAGCAUAAACCUCUGUUCUGAAUUC